AUGCUCCAAGGGAAGGAAGACUUUGUUGCGUUUGAGCGGAGCCUCGUCCAGCAGGUGGAUGCGCUACGGCGAGUUCGGCAACGUUACAUGGCUCUGUUGGGCGUACUGCUGCUCUGGCACUUGUUCAAUGUCUAUCGCUGGUGGACGGCAGUAGUGCCUGCUGCGAACGACGACCCAAGCCGACCUCCAGCCAGCAGCGCACAGACGGAUGACGCAGCCACUGCCGGCUUACACGGAGCACUGGACGAGGCUGCUCGGUUGCAGUUGAUUUCCACCGACGAGCCGAAUCAGCACUACUUUUCAAACUUCUUGUUUGGCGAGCCAAAUCUGCUGUUCAGCUGGAUUUCGUUGAUUGUCUUCUUUCUCACCGGCUCGUAUCAGAACAAGAUUAAUGCUCCACAUAUUUUAAUCACACGCGUCAAACGAGCCUUGCGCACGUUUGACCUCACUUGCGACAGCAAUGGCAAACUCAUUCUCCCCAAUCGGUUCCGCUCAAAAGGCCGCAACGCGUCACACAACUCGUACAGGACGGUCGUUGGCACACCGAGCUCUGCGUUUUCAUCCUCAUCCCACAUGAAUGUAGCAGGGACCUCGGACAACCUGCCAGCAUCAUUGGUCUCCACGUCCGAACCGACACAAGUUGCAGCAGCCUUGCGCACACAACUUGCGCACGGAAACGCGAUCGACGACAGCUUCUUCAAGCCCCCGGCUCCAGUCACAACCACUGUCUUGCCGCCAGACGCUGUGCUACGAUCAACACGCGCGUCCCAGCAA